AUGGUAGACUACGCCCUACCAUCUCGAUCGGCAUCGGCACCGGCAUCACAUAUUGUGGACCCGACCCGUUCCCGCCUCCGCUCGAGACUGGGCCCGUCCUGCCCUCCUGUCGACCCCUCAACCGUCUUUGCGCAGGGCCCGUCUUCACGGCGGACCCCCCACGCCUCGACUGUCCCCGAGGAUGUACAGCUCGCGAUCGAGGCCCUGAGCAACCUGAAGGAGCACUGCCCCGACUGGGCCACGCGACUCGACGAGCUCAGCGGCCAGAUUGAACAAAGGCAGCUCGACCUGGCUGAGGUUGCAGAACAGCAGUCCACAGGCAGCCCGGACACCAACGGCCGGCCGCAGUCCACCAGAUCUGUGCGAAAUCGCGGCUCCACUCAGUCGCUCAAGCCCAACGAUGAUGGUGAGGCACACCCAGAGGUAUUGGCGUCAGGGAGAACACUCCCUGCGGAGAACAAGAACGCUGCACACGAGGCAAGGCGGGCAUCUGUGGCAUCCAGGCGGGGCGUCGACAGGCCGCACAAGGAGCAGGACUCGAGAAAUGGUCAACCACCCUUAAGCCCUUCUGCUGUCGAAGGACAGACGAACCAGGUGAUCGCAAUUGCCUCGGCCCAAGCGCGGGCCACGCUUCGGAGGACCCAACUGAGCAAGAAACGCGCUGCCGCCGCCGAGUCGAUGCUCUCGGUCGAGGGUGCCACGCCCAGCAAGUAUCGCAAUCGCAAUCUAGUUAUGGUGUACUAUGAUAGCUACGUGCAGUCCUUCUUCGAGGAGCUAGUCAAGUUCGUGAGUGCGAGCCGGAACCUCAUGCGGAAGGCCAAGAUGGCCGCCAAGGUCGCCCAAAUCAAGAAGAUGGCGGAGCUGGAGGUGCCAGACGACGACUCGUCUUCGUCGGACGAGGAGCCCCAUCUAAAUGGGAGCGCAAACCCAGAUUUCAUACCACCGCAGACGGUGAGUCCCAUGAACGUCUCACCAGCGGUAGACGGCGAACUGGAUGUGGACCUGCCGGACGGGAACGGGGAGCCUGCGGAGGGUGCUACCGAGAGCAGACCAGAGCAGAGCAAUGGCAACGGGCCAUCACCGACCAUCAGCCCCGCCCAGCCGCCCAACGCACGCGAAUCAAUAGCCACAAAUGGUCACGGUAACGGUAACGGCCUCAAGUCUCCCUCGCAGGCCCUUAAGCCCAGCUCCAUACCUGCCGCGCGACCCAAAAUUGGUGGUGGUUACUCCACAUUCUCCUCUUUUGGCCUGGGCUUCGGCGACUCCCAGCAGCCUGACGUUUUCGAAGAGCUGGACAAGGGCCUUGAGUCCGUCCAAUCCAUGUGCGAGCACGCCGCGCACCAAUUCUUAAGGGAUGGUGACUGCAGCGACGAGAUCGUCAAAAUCAAGGAUCGGCUCACGGGGACCAAAACAUCGGCGGAGAAGGAAAUACAGCGUAUGUUGGAUCAGGACGAAACGCUCGAGGCCAAACUCAGUCAGGCACCAGCUCGCCCCAGGAGCUACCGCCCACAAAGUAUGCGACGCGCUAGCCUCGCGGCGGCGAACCCGACCGCUGGGAAGGGCGGUGGCGAGAGUGGGAGAUUAUUUACCGGAGGAUUCGAUGGCAACAAACUCACAGCGGAUUCGGAGCCGAGCCCAUUUGGAGCAUCUGGCGCGGUAUUAGAGGUUGAUGAUGGGACUGAUGAGGACAGUCGCGCGCCACCAAAAUUACAGUAUCGGUCGACGAGAGCGAUGGGCGCGCUCAAAACGGUGUCCUGA